UUCAACAUGGCGGCCAACGUGUCUGUGGAAAAGAUGGAUCAAGAUGAAAAUUUACCCAAGAUCGGCAAAGAUACAGAAGAAUUCAUGGAUGUUGAACAAGAUUCUUGUACUGAUAUAAAAGACGGUGUCGUCAUGGCGGAAGCGAAAAAAGCCGAAGGAAACCAAGAAUAUGUCAAGAAAAACUACGAAGGAGCUCUACGGCUCUACACAGAAGCGAUAGCAUUUGCUCCUAAUAUUGCAACAUUUUAUGGCAACCGUGCAGCAGCUUAUAUGAUGAUGUCAAAAUACGAUAAAGCUUUGGAAGAUGCAAUGACUGCAAUCAAAAUUGAUAAUAAUUUUGUUAAGGGACACUACAGAGCAGCUAAAUGUCAUUUAAUGAUGGGUUCCACCAGGAAUGCAAUCAUGGAACUACAUUACGUAAUUUCACUUGACCCAAAAAAUAAAGAUGCUGUUAAUGAYCUAAAAACUGCAAGAGUUAUUCAAGAAUUAGAAUCAAGUGCUUUUGAAGCUUAUGACAAAAAGGAUUACAACAAGGUAUUAUAUUGCAUGAAAAAUGCUGUUGACUUGUGUCCAGAGUGUACUUUAUACAAAGUUUUGAAAGCUGAAGCRUUGGCCUUACUGGAAAAAUACUCUGAUGCUGAACAUGAAGCAACUGAAAUCUUAAGGAAAGACCCAUCAAACACUGAUGCUAUAUAUGUAAGAGGAUUAUGUCUCUACUACCAGGAUAAUGUGGAAAAAGCCUACCAACAUUUUACYCAAGUUAUGAAAAGAGAUCCAGAUAACAAAAAAGCAAGAAUAGCAUACAAGAAAGCCAAGUCAUUGCAGGCCAAGAAACAAGAAGGCAACGAUGCAUUUGGUAGUGGAAAAUAUGAUAAAGCUUACAAUCUCUACUCAGAAGCAUUAGAGAUUGACCCUCCUAACAAAUACACAAACGCAAAAUUAUACUACAACAGAGCUGUGGCUGGUUCUAAGAUCAAUAAAAAUGAGCAAGCAAUAGAAGAUUGCUCCAAAGCUGUAGAAUUGGAUCACACCUAUACCAAAGCUUACCUGAAACGAGCUCAGCUGUACAUGGAUAAUGAACAAUACGAAGAGGCAGUAAGGGAUUACGAAUUACUUUGUCGAAAAGACCGCUCUUCGAGAGAAUUUCGGCGAUACCUUGAAAAGGCUAAAUUGGAACUCAAAAAAAGCAAGAGAAAAGAUUAUUACAAGAUUUUGGGAAUCCAAAAAAAUGCAACAGACGAUGAAGUGAAAAAAGCCUACAGAAAAAGUGCCCUUCAACAUCACCCAGAUCGACACUCAGGAGCAACUGACGAACAAAAAAAGGAAGAAGAAAAGCUUUUUAAAGAGGUUUGUGGGUUUACUUUGUCAAUCCACGAUAUUUUUCCCAMUAAAAUAACAUAUGAUGCAUUGCAGGUCAACGAAGCSUACAGCGUACUGUCUGAUGCGAAAAAACGCGCGCGAUACGACAGCGGUCAAGACUUGGAAGAUACCUUUGGAAUGCCUGAUGAUUUCGAUCCCAAUUCUAUUUUCCAAGCAUUUUUCGGAGCUCCUGGUGGAUUCACUUUCAACUUUGGCGGGCCAGGUGGUGGACCCACUGGAUUCCCGGGUGGUGCUGGAUUCCCGGGUGGUGCUGGAUUCCCGGGAGGGGGAGGUUUCGGUGGCAAUAGAGGAUUUAAUUUCACAUUUGGAUAAAUCAUCGACUGAAUGUACAUGUAUAAAUCGAAGUGAAUUACGCCGUGGAUCUUGAAGGACACAAGCUGAACACUGACACUGGCCGCAAUAUGGGACAAAAAUGUUGUAUUUUAUGAAAGAGAUGUUUGGACAGAGGGACUAUAAAUAAAGAUUAACCAUUUGUUACAACAAAAUAUUUGAGUCUGUGCUUGUCAUGUCAGCUGUCAUGUUUUUCA